CUUAAGAUUAGUCCACUUCCCCAAAACUAAAAUUCGUUAAACCUAGACUAGCUCCACUUAAUAAAAAUGGAAAGCAACUACUUACAAAGUUGUAAAACACCCCGUUAAUAGUAUUAAACUCAUCUCCUUACUAAAAACAGAACAAAUUACCUGUCUUUCAUCUCUCCUUCACACGAUUCUUUCCCACGGCUUCACGGCAAAACCCCCCCAAGGUCGUCGUCGAAAUUUUCGCACCACCAGCACUGCCCAAUCUUCCGUCGCAAUUUCUCUCUCCUCUUGACGGAAAACACCGUCAUCGUCGUUAACAGAGUGACAGAGGAGAGAGAAAGUGACAGAGAGUUCCAUUGAAGAAAUAAGAUCAUGCUCGCUCUUUUCGCAUGGCUGAUUUCCUUCUUUGUCGUCGUCGCCCUUCUUGUCGUCGUUGUUUACCAGCUUAUGUGCUUGGCAGACCUUGAGUUUGAUUACAUCAACCCAUAUGACUCUGCAAUUCGGAUAAAUCAAGUAGUUUUGCCAGAAUAUGUAAUCCAAGCAGGACUUACCCUCCUUUUUCUUCUGACGGGUCAUUGGAUUAUGGCACUUUUAUGUGCCCCGUACCUCUACUACAAUGUCAAAACGUACAUGGACAAGAAGCACCUUGUAGAUGUGACCGAGAUCUUCAAUUUGCUAAAUUGGGAAAAGAAGAAGCGUCUUAUCAAACUUGGAUAUCUUUUGCUUAUCCUGUUCCUCUCAUUAUUUUGGAUGAUUUGGACUACGUUGGAAGAUGACGAAGAACUCUAUUAGGUCACAAUUAUUUUAUUGUUGUCCCUUUCUAAGUCUUGCAACAUCAAGACUGAGCUUGCGGCUUCUUCAGGGACCGGGUUUUCCUGCAACUGCUAGUGCUUGAGGCGUUUCUGGAUUUGGCUGCUAGUUCAUUAGGCACUCACUUCAUAAUUGAUAAUGUAUUUGGAAAUAUGUCAAAUGAUAGAUAUUCCAUACUUUUCUUUUGAAAUUAGACUUUCAUUUUAUAUAGAUUAAUCCCUAGUUUAUGAAGCCUUUUUUCCUUCAUUUUCUUCUGUGUAUUAUUGGUUUCUUAUUCAAAAUUCUAUUGUGGUAAAUUAUUUACUUCACUCGUUUGAGUAUUUUGUUACA